AGUAUGUCCCAACGGAAAUGAAACUUUUAACAUUCUCAGCUUCUUCUUAAAUGCUUUUUCAAGAGAGUCUCUGCCAUUCAGGAAUAAUGCUUUUUGUGGCUUCUGUUAGGUGAGACUUGUGAAUACUUAACAAUGGUUGAAUUUUCUUCAAACUCAACAGACUUUCUGAGACUGCAAGGCUUUGGCCUACCUCCUCAAGGGGUGUAUGCUACAUUUCUUUUUGCCACACUGAGUUACCUUUUAAUUCUCUUCUGUAACCUUUUCCUGAUGGCCACCAUUAUUAUGAAUAAGAGCCUCCACCAGCCCAUGUACAUCCUGCUCUUUAACCUGCCCAUCAAUGACCUCAUUGGCUCCUCAGCCCUCUUCCUGCAGCUCAUCAAAGAGAUCCUGCUGGACUCCAGGUACAUUGAGGCAUCCAACUGCAUCGCUCAGGCGUUUUUCAUCCACGUUUACGCUGUUGGCAGCCUGCUAAUCAUCUCUGCCAUGGCUUACGACAGGAAAGGCCCAUUGGAAUUAAUGGGAAGCAACAAGCAAACAGGAAGCUUUCAGGUUCAGCUUCCACUGUAAAUAAAUGUUGUGGUAUGAAGAAUUCUUACUUCCACGUGUGGUUGUUCAAUUGAUGGUGUAAUUAUACCUGCCCUUUUGUAUAUGUCCCUUCCUUACAUAGUAAUAUGCAUUUUUUUGUAAUUUAUGUAUUCAAUAUUUAAUAAAUUUGAUUUCAAAAUGUAUUGUUGGUUCUGUUUAUGUUACAUUGCAACAAAUUAUUUUAAUCAUUCUCAUUUAAUUGAAUCAAGUUUAGACCUUCCAGAGACAGCAAACAAAAAUAGUUGAGCAAACGUGAAAUGCUGUUAGUACCAUAAUGUGCAUGUACCUAAUUACCUUGCAUUAGGUAAUGAAGAGGUCUUUCACUUUUAAACAGUUUUUAAUGAGUCUGUUUAACAGCAUAGAAUCCUCUCCUGAGAAGGUCUCAGGGUACUAUCUCUGAGCUUGAGCUCAUGGGUAUGAUCCAUAACAGGCAAAACUUCAUUCCUGUUGUUCAUUGUUUAUUACUUGCUGAGCUGAAUUCAUUUAUUUAUUUAUUCAUCAUUUAUCUUAUGAUUUUUUCCAACCAAGAAUGAUCUAUGCCGUAUAAUUCGUUAAUGAUAUUUUCAUUUUUGUACAAUGCAUUCUGUUUGUGUUUUGAGACCUUC